AUGUCUUCCGGGAUGAGAACGUAUGGUACCGGUCGGCGCUAUGUGAGUAAAGAUAAUGCCAUAUGGGCCUCAUUAGACGAAUCACCUCAAGCAUUACACAUUCUUGACACUAAUGUAACAAACAACGAACUUAAUAAGCAUGCCUCUUCUUUUUCAAUUGAAAUCGGUAAAAAAGCUUCGUGUGUUAAAAAAAGUGAAGAUGAAUCUGUUAAAUUACUUCCUAAAGCUGCCGAUAAAACAGAAGAAAGACAUAAAAAAAGUAAUUCACAUUUGGUGCCUACGAUUAUUGUUCCAAGUCAUGGUAGGAAUAUUGCUAAAACAAGUGAUAGUGAUGUUAAUACAUCCAUUACUGAAUCGAAGAUGACUGAGAAUUUAAAUGCAGGGCUUCAAAAUCGUCCUCAAAGGAAGUCAACGCAACUUUCGUACCUACUAGGUUUAGUAGAUCAACAAAUUCCAAUCUCUUUUAGAGAUUAUAUAAAAACGUUUAAAUCUUCUAUUUAUAAGAUCGGGGAAGCUAGUUAUAGUGAAGUCUUUAAAGUAGAGAAGGAUGAACCGAUCGUUUUGAAGAUUAUGCCUUUUGGAAAGGAAAAUCAGAUUCGCUGCUCAGAUAUUAUAAAUGAGCUAAAGAUUACUAAAAGGCUUAGUAGUCUAGAAGGUUACGUUGAUCUUCAAGAAGCAGUUAUUGUCAAGGGAACGUAUCCAUCAAUUUUGAUCAAAGAAUGGGACAGAUACGAUAGGCAAAAGGAAUCUGAGAAUGAGCGUCCAGAUUUCUUUCAUUCAUCUCAGUUAUUUUGUAUACUAUGCUUAAGUCAUGGUGGUACUGACUUGGAACAUUUGGAACUGUCUGAUUGGUUUGAAACUUGGAAUAUAUUCCUAAAAGCAGCGAAGGCUCUUGCUACGGGUGAAAGGAAAUUCGAAUUUGAACACAGGGACAUGCAUUGGGGGAAUAUUUUAAUAAAGAGACGAAACGAUGAGGACCUUUCGUAUUUAUUGGAUGAAGUGUCCUUUGAUGAAUUCGAAGACUCUAAUACUUCAUUUCCGGUGUCUGAACGAAGCUUUACAGCCGACUCACUUGAAAUUACCUUAAUUGAUUUUACAUUAGCUCGAAUGAGACAUACAGGUUCGUCGUCUCCCAUAUUUAACGAGUUUGAUGAUCCUGAAUUAUUCAGUGGGCGAGGUGAUUAUCAGUUUGAUAUUUACCGACUGAUGGCCAAGGUCACUAAAGGGCAAUGGGGUGAAUACUUUCCAAAGACAAACAUUCUCUGGUUACAUUAUUUAUUGUAUCAAUUAUUGUAUAAAAAAACCAUUCCUAAACCUCGUGAUCUUCGCGAGCAACAACUAAAGGAACGCCUAACAAAAUUGUUCAAGUUACUAGAACCAGUACGGCGUCCUCACAAAGGAUCUUGCCCUUUACAGAAUUGUGCAUUUCCAUCCGCCGCCUCCCUUGAUGAAUGGAUCAAUCAGCAAUAUGAUGACUGA